UCUUUCUUUUGGACCGGUUCGCUGACGAAAUCUUCGUAACCUGUUAAAGUAAAAGGUCGAAUUAGAUAUAAUAUCAUUAACUUUUUAAUAGCCUUCAUUGUUUUUACAACAAAGUAAUUUGAAAAGAAGUAAAAUUCGCGGUAUUUAUAAUGGAAGAAGAUAAUGAACAAGAAAUAAUAGUCGAGGAUGACUAUUACACGUUUCUCAACAUCCCAAGAAAUGCUACUCCAGAAGAAAUUAACAAUGCUUAUCGUAGACAAAGUAGAUUAUAUCAUCCUGAUAAACAUGUGGAUCCAGUGCUUAAGAAAGAAGCAGAAGUUUUAUUCAACCGUACAAAAAAAGCAUAUGAGAUCCUUAGUGAUCCUCAUAAGAGAGCGAUCUUUGAUACUGUGGGAGUUAAAGGAUUAGAAACAGAAGGAUGGGAAAUUGUUCAACGUACUAAAACUGCUUCAGAAAUAAGAGAAGAAUACGAGCGUUUAGAAAGGGAAAGAGAAGAGAGAAGACUUCAAGAGCAUACAAAUCCAAAAGGAAAUGUAACUGUGUAUAUUAAUGCUACAGACUUAUUUAGUAAAUAUGAUGAUGAUUACAAUAAUAGUAUGGAUAUAUUUUCAUCUAUUGAAGUCAGUGGAAUGUCAUUUACACAAUCUAUUGAAGCACCUCUUACUUUAAAAGAUACUAUAACUUUAUAUGGUUCAUUGGCGACACAAAAUGGAACUGGUCAUGGAACCAUUAAUGUCUCAGCAAAAAAAUUAGUGUCUUCUAAGGGAUGGCUGGAAUUAGAUGUAGGUGCAGGCAAUGGUCCAACUAUAUCACUAAAAGGAUUUCGAACUUUAACAAAAAGAUUAUUUUGUGAUUGUGAAACAAUAUUACAAUUUACAGCGCACGGUGUGAGACCAGGCCUUGUAGGAACCUUAGCUAUGCAAUUGGAUAAACAUACAGUCGGAUAUCUGACAUAUAGAGCAGGAAUACAAAGUGCAAUGAGUACAAUGCUUGUAAGAGAUACAUCUCGUUCUUAUGCAUCAAUUUUAAUACAUUUAGGUAUUGUACAUUCUUACAUUAAUCUUCAUUAUAUAUAUAAAAUGAAAGAAAAGGAACUCAAAAUACGUGGAAACAUACGAAUAGGUACAUUCGGUGCAUUCUUAGAAUAUGGCGUAGAAAAGAAGGUUUCUCGUCAUAGUUCAGUUGCAGCCACCGUACGAAUUUCCGUAACAACGGGAGUAACAUUAAAAGUUAAAUUAAACCGAGCUUCACAAACAUAUGCAUUUCCAAUUCACAUAAGUGAAGAAAUUCUUCCAGCUCCUGUGUUUUAUGCAACUGUAGUGCCAUUUAUAACAUGGACUGUUGUCAAGAAAUUUGUUGUUGAUCCAAUAGUAAAAGAGAGAAAAGAACGAGAUAAAGAGAAACAGAAAGAAGUGAAUAAGACAAGAAUGUUAGAAAAACAGAAAGAAGCCAAAGCUGCUAUUGAAUUAAUGAGAGCUACGUUUAGUAGAAUAAGAGCAGAAGAAGAAUCUAAAAAAGGAUUGGUUAUAACAAAAGCUUCUUAUGGACGAUUUGUUUAUCCUUUGCAAGAUAGAUCCACUGUUGAAGAAGCUGGACGAAAUAGAGAUGAAGUUAUAGAUGUAACAAUUCCUUUGCAAUGUUUAGUAAGAGAUUCUAGAUUGAUUCUUCAUGAUGCAUCAAAGAGUCAGUUACCUGGAUUUUAUGAUCCAUGUGUAGGAGAAGAAAAACAACUUUUAAUACAGUAUCUCUUCCAUAAUCAAACACAUGAAUGUAUUAUAAAAGAUACAGAACCUCUCAGGAUACCAGUACCUUCACACAAAGUAAACACAACAUGACGUACAGAACAAGUUAAACACAUAAAAAGAUCCCAUCAUAUUCUACGUUGGCGACUUUAAUCAGGUUUUGUUCAUUUUUAAAAUAACAUCAUUUUCAAAAAUCUUAUAAUUACAUUAAUUUUUUUGGUAAAUGCUUUAUAUAUUUUUAUUUGUCUUUAGUAAUGAUGUUCUUGUAUAAUAUAGCUCUCAAUUGUAUUUAUUAAGAAAUUUAUUGCAUAUACUGCAAAAAAGUAAAAUAUGAGAAACUACUGCACAAAGAAUAGUAUAUCUGGAAUUAAAGCUACCAAUUGGAAUUACGACAUUAUUAUUUCGAUAUCGUAUUAAAUAAAAUUUUUAUGUAUUAUUAUAUUGCUCUUUAUUGAAGCAAAUAACGUAAUGACUGCCUUUAGAAAGAUAUGGAAAUUUACCAAAUAUAUUCAAAUAUUAUAUUAGAAAACACCCGACAUUAAGAUAAUGCCUGAAUUAAUAAAAACAAAAUAGUUAAGGAUUAUAAUUGAUUAAUGUAUAGAAUAUUUCAAUUGAAGAUAGUAUACAUAUGUAAUUAUGUAGAUAAUAUCUGAAAUUUAUGAAAAUAUAUUAAGCAAAGAGAGAAAAAGGGAUAUUCGAAGAAGAAGAAAAUUGAAUACUACUUAUAUUUAAUAUAAGUUCCAAAUAAAUCCUGCUUUGUUGAAUUAGA